AUGGCGGGAAGCUCGGCAAAAGCACAGACUGUGCUGCUUCUCCACGGACCACGACAAGCAUAUCAGAUUACCAAUGGUUAUGAUGUGCCGCUGUUGGUUGAGGAUGACGAGACGCUUGUACAGACGUACACGAUAGGCCUGAAUCCGAUAGACUGGAAAGCGCCAGACUAUAACUUUGGUAUCGCAACUCUGCCAUAUAUAGCCGGUCGAGAGCUAGCAGGACGAGUAGCCAUCACUCCUAAGAGAAACUCUCGUUUAAAAGAAGGAGACAGAGUACUGGUAAUAUCAACAGACUAUCGCGAUCUUAGAAAAGCUGCCUACCAAGAAUACGUUGUCUCUUCCGAUUUCAAUGUCGCAAGAAUACCCCCUUCCAUCUCAUUUCAGCAAGCUGCCGGCCUAGGAGUUGCAUUCUCCGCAGCAGCUAUUACACUGGGAGUAUGUAUGGGAAUCGACUUUUCCUCUAUCCUCGAUGGACCAGACUUGUUACAGAUCGUGCGCUCUGUUGAGCCGGAGAGUAUACCGGAAGAUGUGAGAGCAGAAUGCCUCCACGGCAUAACAGACGACGAGAGAGCUGUUUCAGGAGACUGGGUAGCGGUAUGGGGAGGAUCAUCAACAUCGGCCAACAUAACUGUGCAGCUCGCACGACUAGCAGGCCUCAAAGUCGUCACGAUAGUUGACACAGCCAAGCAUGGUCUUCGUAUAUCCGGCUGUUCCGCCCAAAGGCCUGAUCUUCUCAUCGACAGCCAUGACACAGACCGUGCCGUCGAUAUCAUCAACAAAAGUGUUGGUAGCCAACUUCGCUUCGCGCUUGAUACUCGUGGGCGAGACUCGGCUACAGUUUUACUCGAGGCCCUUACUCGCCAAAAGAGACUCAACGAUGCGCCUCCUUCACCUCCUCAAACUCCGCGCGGAUUGAAGACACAAAUGUCCCACCUUGUGGGGUUGACAGGAUUGCCCAAGGAAACAGCUCCAGAAGGCAUCGCUUAUCACACUGUUCCUAUCAAAGUCUUUCACUCUGUUCCUGCCGUGGGCGAAGCGCUUGUGCUGUGGCUGGAACGACUAUUAGAGCAGGGCCUGAUCAAGCCGCCACCCAUUAUAGGGGUGGAGAGUGGCUUUGACGGCGUUAACAAAGGCUUGGAUAGAAUGAGAUCUGGAGAGAUUAGCGGAGGAAGACUGGUGGUUGAUCUACUGGCCUAG